AUGACCGCUGAGCCCAAGAGUGGUCACCAAGAUGUUACAGGACCCCUCGUCGCGUCAGCAGCCAUGCCAUCUCAGACCGGAGGACGAAGAGACAGGGCCAACUCGCUCGUCUGGCGAUACCGUACCGAGAUAGCGGCGAGCUCGUCCAGCGUCUUCUCCACCCUCGCCGCCUUCCCGCUCGACAGCGUCAAGACUCGCAUGCAAACCUACCAGUAUCGUGGCUUUCUUGACUGCGUCAAGCACACCUAUCGCACCGAGAACCUCGCAGGCUUUUUUCGAGGCAAGUCGAUGCGUGUCACGGCGCCCAUGGCCAGCAUCACUCUCGUCCGCACUGUAUCCUUCUCCAUCUACCAACGAGCGAAAUACGCAUACGCGGGCUGGGUCAAGCACAAUCUGGGAUACGACAUCAUACAGCACGUGAACCGACCCGGAACCUACCCGAAUCUCUACUCCAUCGCUUGUUUUGGCGCCGCCGGUGCAUCGGCCGGCUCCGUCAUCACCUUUCUCGCCUGUCCCUUUGAGCUCACGAAACUCAGCGCCCAAGUUUCCGUGCUCCUGGCAGAACGGGCCGGCAACUGUCAAAAGAGCCGCGCGGUGGCGACGAGCUACCAGAACAAGGGAACCCUGAAAACCAUGGCGAAUAUCAUCAAACAUCGCGGCAUUCUCGGACUCUACACGGGAUUCCGCUUGCAUCUCUUGCGCGAUACCUUGGGAACUUCCAUUUAUUUCAUGGUAUAUGAGAGCGGCAAGCAGCUGGGCACGACCUUUGCCGGGGACAACCCCAACAGCAACAAGUUGGCCGUGGUUGCGUCCGGCGGAAUGUGCGGCCUCGUCUCGUGGGCCAUGAUCUAUCCCAUCGAUUCGGCCAAGAGUAUAUACCAGAGGAAUUCUCUCCUCCACUCGCGGGGCGAGAAGGUCGAGCCAGCGCCCAAGAUCGAGUUUUUCAAGCGUCACAUGUAUCGCGGCCUCGGCGUGUCUAUGAGUCGGUCCUGCGUCGUCAAUGCAAUCUUCUUUUCCUCCUUUGAAUUUAUCAAGAAGCGAAUCAAGGAAGACAACAAAGGGAAGGCUUGA